ACACAUUUAGAGGUGAGAAAGAGAAACAAGAAAACUCUCAUAAACACAUUAAAGGCAAUAUAGUCAAUUAACUAUGGCAAGUUAUAAUUCAAAAGCUUUGAUUCUACUAUGUGUAAUUAAUAGUGUAGUGCACACAACCCAAAUAUCAGAACCAUGGUCAGCACUAAAUGCACCAAAAGAUAUACUCCAAAUGCUUAUUCGUGACCCCGUGACCCUUUCAUUAGCCUCAACCGAUUUUGGCCACAUAGUUCACCAAAACCCAUUUGCAAUAUUUGCUCCAUCAUCAAUUAAUGCCAUAUCGAAAUUGAUAAAAUUUUCAAAUUCACUUCCUUUCCCUUUUACUAUAGCUCCAAGAGGACAAGGACAUUCGGUUAAUGGACAAUCGAUGACAAAUGAUGGGGUUGUGGUGAACAUGACUCAAUUGAUCAAUUAUAGGUUUAGAUCAAAUGAGAGUGGAAUUGUUGUGUUUGAUGAAUAUGUUGAUAUUGGUGGUGAACAAAUUUGGAUUGAUGUGUUGCAUGCAAGUCUUGAACGUGGACUAACACCACUCUCUUGGACUGAUUAUUUGUUUUUAUCCGUUGGUGGAACUCUAUCUAAUGCUGGAAUUAGUGGCCAAACCUUUCGAUUUGGUCCUCAAAUUUCUAAUGUUCAUGAAUUGGAUGUUGUUACGGGAAAUGGAGACUUAGUGACUUGUUCAGCUGAGAAAAAUUCAGAAUUAUUUUACGGUGUUCUUGGAGGAUUAGGACAAUUUGGGAUUAUUACCCGAGCAAGAAUAGCUCUAGGACCUGCACCCAAGAGGGUGAAGUGGCUUCGUUUACUUUACAAUGAUUUCUCUACAUUUUCUGGAGACCAAGAACAUCUAAUCUCAUUCAAUGGAAGAAAUGAAACUAAUGCAGCCAAUUAUGUUGAAGGCAUGUUGCUGCUAAAUCAGCAGCCACUAGACCUAUCAUUUUAUCCAGAAAUUGAUCAACCUCGCAUAACUUCAUUGGUAACACAAUAUGGCAUCAUCUACAUCAUUGAGCUUGUUAAAUAUUAUGAUGAUAAUUCUCAAGAUCAAAUUGAUCAGGAAAUUGAAAUUUUGGUUAAGGAAUUAAGGUUUGUCCCUACUUUUAUGUUCGAAAAGGAUGUGUCAUAUGAAGAGUUUUUGAAUAGAGUACAUUUUGAUGAGCUUGCACUAAGAGCACAAGGACUUUGGGAUAUUCCACAUCCUUGGUUAAACAUCUUUGUUCCAAGAUCAAGAAUAUCAGAUUUUAAUGAAGGUGUCUUUAAGGGAAUUAUCCUUAGACAAAAUAUUUCUGCAGGACUCGUAAUAGUUUAUCCAAUGAACCGAACAAAGUGGGAUGAUAAGAUGUCUGCAGUUACCCCUAAUGAAGAAAUUUUCUACAUUGUGAGUCUUUUGCGUACAAGUGGAUUUGAAAAGUUAGAGGAAUUUCAAGCACAAAACCAACAAAUAUUACAAUUCUGUAAUGAUGUUGGUAUAGGGAUCAAACAAUAUCUUCCCCUAAACAAAACACACGAAGAUUGGGUGAAACAUUUUGGCAUCAAAUGGGAAGAUUUUGAGAAAAGAAAAGCUCAAUUUGAUCCCAACAAAAUAUUGUCACCUGGACAAAGGAUUUUCAAUUAAAUUAAAAAUAAACUAUAUGUGUCUAGUUUUUUUCUUAUCAACUUGUUGUACAGAAUAAUUAAACAGUUAAAUAGUAUGUUUUAUUGUCAUAAUUAAAUAUUUGCA